AUGGACAGCACACACGCCGAGGAUGACCCUGUUUUUGCCAGCGACUCUGAGGAUGACCAAGACGCAACAGCUGUCACAGAACAGCCAGCACGUCAAAAGCAGAAUCUGUACUUCAAAAACUUGCUGUCCAAAGCGGCGAAAGACUUGACGGAACAGGAGUUGAGUGCUGGGACGCGCGAUAGGGCAGCUGAACUCGAAAGGUCUACUCGCUAUCUUCUCAAGACGCAAGAUUUUGCUGCAACUAUCGACGAUCCGCGAGAAUACCAAAUCGAAUUGUUCGAGAAGGCCAAGAAAGAGAAUACCAUAGCGGUGCUUGCUACAGGCUUAUUAGGAUACUCACAUAAAGUUAAAGAUGUCUGGAGACAGCAUUUCACAGAAAACAUGAUCAUCGUGUGUACUGCGGAUAUUCUCCAGCAAUGUCUUUUGAACGCGUUCAUCGGUAUGGAAGAUAUAAACCUGCUCAUCUUUGACGAGGCUCAUCAUGCCAAGAAAGAUCAUGCUUAUGCACGAAUCAUCAAGGACUCGUAUAUAAAAGCAGACCCAGGCUGCCGUCCACGCAUAUUCGGCAUGACAGCGUCCCCUCUAGAUGCAAAAGGCGACGUUGUGAAAGCUGCUCAUAAAAUAGCAACGACUACGAAUCUUGCUCUCCUGCAAACCGUUGUGAGUCGGCCGAUAGAAGAGCUGUGGAAGUAUGUAGAGCCCGGAAGGCCCUUUAAAACGUUCCUUUAUCAAACCUUGGAGAAGCAAUAUGGAGAUAUGGAAUGCCUCAAGAAGAUUUUCACUUUCUCUUUGGAGGCCACUUCUGCUCUUGGGCCAUGGUGUGCAGACCGCGUUUGGGUGGCCGCUUUAUCCGACGAUUCGCUUCCUAAAUUUCAUGGAAAGAUCACAACAUCUUUCAAACGAGUGGCCUCUGAAACCGCGGCAACAAUGGUAAAUAACGAGAUCCAAAGACUCAACCGAUUGUCAGAGGUGGUAGCAAACUACAAGCUGCCACGCGGUCCCGACAUCUUGGAACAGCUAAGCGACAAAGUGAAAGUCCUCUAUCGAAACUUGUUGAGACGCUUUGUAGAAGCCCCAAAAACAAAAUGCAUCAUUUUCACCAAACAAAGACAUACUGCCCAGUUGCUCAAAGAGGUGUUGGAAGAGUUGUCAAUUCCUAAUCUGUAUCCCGGAGUCCUGGUAGGUGCCCGGUCUGGGGAUUAUGCUGGAAUGAAUGCGACUUAUAACCAGCAAAUUAAAACAACGAUCAAAUUCAGAAAGGGAGAAUUCAACUGCUUGUUCGCAACCUCUGUUGCCGAGGAAGGUCUUGAUAUCCCUGAUUGCAAUCUCGUUGUCAGAUUUGAUCUUUAUGACACCCUCAUCCAAUAUAUUCAAAGUCGCGGCCGAGCAAGGCGUGCUGAUUCGAUAUAUGCUCACAUGGUAGAAAUCGAUAACCUGGAGCAUGAGACCAGACUGGAUCAAGUGCACCAAGAAGAGAAUGUAAUGAGCCGCUUCUGCGAGGCUCUUCCAGAAGACAGAAUCUUGGGAAGAAACGGGGAUACCUGGAAUGGCUUAUUGGAAAAAGAAGCUACAAAACGGCAAUACAAAGUAGAACAUACAGGGGCAACUCUGACUUAUCAUUCCGCCCUAACCGUUCUUGCUCGUUACGCGAGCUCUCUGCAAUAUGAGAGCAAUGAAACAAGUGCACAGGCUCACUACGUGAUAACUCAGAGUAGAGGCAGACCGGCGACACGAAAAUCGCUCGCCAAACAGUCUGCAGCCUUUGAUACAUGCAUCCUUCUGCUGAAGCAUCGUUUGCUCGACGACAAUUUUAUUUCCACUUACCACCGCAGGCUACCCGCAAUGAGAAAUGCCAAAUUGUCAAUAAAGUCCAAGAAGACAACCCAAUAUUCGAUGAUUGUCAAGCCCGCAUUUUGGAAGAAGGGUUACGGCGUUCUGCCAUCUAGUCUAUACCUUACAGUGAUCAUAUUUUGUCCUGGCAAUCGCUUGCAGAGGGAACAUCGCAGUAUUGUUUUGUUAGCCCGCGAGCCGCUGCCACAGUUCCCCGAGUUCCCCAUAUAUCUGGAGAAUGAUAUUGAGACCAGUAUUAGAACAGUCCAUUUGAACAAGGCGUUGACAAUCCAGCCAGAGGAACUUGAACUUAUGACUAACUUCACUCUUCGGGUCUUCCAGGACUUAUACAAUAAAGUCUACGAGAAGGAUGAAGAGAACAUGCCGUAUUGGUUGCUUCCUACAGAAGCAGAUAUUAAAGAAUUUGGAGAGGACAUUGAGCCUUCUGAUGUGAUUGAUUGGAACGCCUUGCGCUUUGUUGAUCAACACGAUCAGAUAGAGCGAACAUCGGCUUCCCCAGACGAGAUGAUUGGUCGUUUCGUUUAUGAUCGAUGGGAUGGGAGAUACCGCUACUUCCUUAAGGGCAUCAACACAUCGCUCUGUGCAUCGGAUCCACCACCAGCAUUCUUGCCACGUCGUCGUAACACGUGUAAUAUCAUGGAAUAUGGCCUGAGUUUGUACAAGAAGGCUCAUUCCACAUUUCUAUCGACAUGUGAUUGGAAACAAUGCGUCUAUGACGCCGAAUUGAUACCACUCCGGCGAAAUCUGCUUGAUAAGUUAACAGAAACCGAAAAGAAAAUGGAGAAGAGAGCGAUGCUGUGUCUAGAGACACAGGUUAUUUCUGCUAUUCCUGCUAACAUUGUUACGAGUUGCUUUGCAGUUCCAGCUAUUAUCACUAGAUUCGAGUCGUACCUUGUUGCACGCGAAUGUGCCGAAAGCCUUGGUCUGGAGAUACAAUUGGCGUAUGCUUUGGAGGCAGUGACGAAAGACUCAGAUAAUACUGAGGAGCAUCGCUUGGAGCAGGUUCACUUACAAAGGGGCAUGGGCAAAAACUAUGAACGCCUUGAGUUUCUUGGAGACUGCUUCCUAAAAAUGGCCACUUCAAUAGCCUUAUUUGCCCAGAAUCCUAAUGACCAGGAAUUCGACUUCCAUGUCAAUCGAAUGACUCUGAUUUGCAACAGAAACUUGUUCAAUACAGCAAAGGAACGGAAACUGUACGAAUUUGUGCGAAGCAAAGCUUUCUCGAGACGGAAUUGGUAUCCCGAGGGAAUGAAGCUGCUUCGAGGCAAAACCAAACAGGAGAAAGAAUCGGCAAAUCAGCAUGCCCUCGGCGAAAAGACAAUUGCAGAUGUUUGUGAAGCAAUUAUUGGAGCAUCGCUGCUUUCUGGAGGCUCAGUGCACCGUUUUGACAUGGCUGUCAGGGCCGUAACUGCUCUAGUCAAUAGUGACAUUCACAAAGCGGAUAGCUGGGCGGACUAUUUCUCACUUUAUUCUUUGCCGCCCUAUCAAGCUCAGGACGCUGAUGGGUUUGAGAAAGAUCUUUCUUCGCAGAUUGAAAAGAAACUUGGUUAUCGUUUUCGAUAUCCCAGAUUACUCCGGUCCGCAUUCACUCAUCCCUCAUAUCCUUCGGCUUGGUCAACAGUGCCUUGCUAUCAGCGACUUGAAUUUUUGGGUGACUCGUUGUUAGAUAUGGUCUGUAUUGAAGACCUAUACAAACGAUUCCCGGAUCGUGAUCCACAGUGGCUCACCGAGCACAAGAUGGCCAUGGUCUCCAAUAAGUUCCUAGGAAGCUUGGCCGUACGUCUUGGUUUACACACGCAUCUCCAGCACUUUAGCAACCCGCUUCAAGGACAAAUCCUUCAAUACGUCGAGGACUCUCAGCUUGUUUAUGAAAGUAACCAAUCUGUGGACUUUUGGCUUGAUACUCAAGAUCCCCCAAAGUGCCUCUCUGAUAUAGUGGAGGCUUACAUUGGCGCUAUUUUUGUGGACUCCGAGUUUGACUUUGGUGUUAUCGAGAAGUUCUAUUCUCAGCAUAUCAAACAUUACUUCGAAGACAUGACGCUAUAUGAUACAUUCGCAAACAAGCAUCCUACGACAUUUCUACACAGAAAAUUGACCGAUGACUUUGGCUGUAUCGAGUAUUCCCUGAAAGCGGCUGAGAUACCCACUAUAGACGGUGCGCCUACAAUUGUGCUGGCGGCCGUCCUUGUCCAUGACGUUGAACUCGCCCAAGGGACGGCAUCGUCGGGCAGGUAUGCUAAGGUCAAGGCAAGCCAGAUUGCGUUGAAGAACCUGGAGGGGUUGAGUGUGGAGGAGUUCCGUGAAAAAUACCACUGCAAAUGUUCCAGAACCGCGUUUCAUGGCACGGUACCUACCCAAGACGAGAUAGGCUGUGCCAUUUGA